AUGGCACCAGCACCAGAUUCCGUUGAUUCUACAAUCAGCGCCCUGCGAGAGUCGCUUUGCUCUGAGGACACCCCACUGCCCGUGCGGUUUCGCGCCCUCUUUUCCCUCAAACACCUGGCCACCCAGUCUCAAGAUGCCAGCGCCGAGGCUGCCAUGGAUGCGAUCGCGGAGGCUCUCGCCUCGCCUUCCGCCCUGCUCAAACACGAACUUGCAUACUGCCUCGGCCAGACCCGCAACCUCUACGCUGUCCCACCACUGCGGAAAUGCCUAGCCGAUCUCAACGAAGACCCCAUGGUCCGACACGAGGCCGCCGAGGCCCUCGGUGCGAUUGGUCACGACAGCAACAUAGACAUACUCUGCGAAUUCAGGGACCGGAAAGGCGAGAACGUGGCAGUCGUAGAGACUUGCGAGAUUGCCCUUGACCGGAUCAGGUGGGAGAACUCAGAAGAGAGGAAGCAGGAGAAGCUGCGCCAGAGUGACUUCGCCUCCAUCGACCCUGCACCACCAAUGCCCGAAUCCAAGAAGACUGUCGAAGAGCUCGGGAGAGAAUUGAUGGACACCAACGCCCCUCUGUUCAUGCGAUAUCGGGCCAUGUUCGCUCUCCGAGAUCUCGCAUCACCCCCGGACCUUCCAACCGCGGUUCCUGCCGUGCACGCCCUUGCGCGAGGAUUCGACGACCCUUCUGCCCUCUUCCGGCACGAGAUUGCUUUCGUGUUCGGCCAACUAUCCCACCCGGCGUCCAUUCCCGCCCUCACAUCUGCGCUUGGCAACCAAAAGGAGGCCAGCAUGGUGAGGCAUGAAGCCGCCGAGGCUCUGGGCAGUCUGGGCGAGGAAGAGGGGGUCGAAGAUAUUUUGAAAGGGUUUCUCAACGACCCAGAGCGCGUCGUCCGGGAGAGUGUUAUAGUAGCCUUAGACAUGGCUGAGUACGAGAAGGGAGAGCAAGCAGAAUAUGCCCUCAUACCAGAGGCAACGGCAGCUUAG